AUGGUGAAGUCAAUGGCCAAUGGCAACGGACGAAUCGCCCGCCUCUGUUACGUAGCUUCCUUCUCUGCUCUUUUCUGGGCUUCGCUUCUCUGCUUCCGUUUCCGACUUCUCAGCGGUCAAUCCGCCCUGCAUCCACUCACAUCCCCUGUUCCCGCAACUCACAGCGGUGUCCCUCUACCUGAUGACGAUAAUGACGGCGGCGACACCGACAUAGACAACGACAAGUUUCCGUUCAUGGAAGCUCUAAGAACAGCCGAAAACAAGACCGACCCUUGUGGUGGUCCCUACGUAUACGUCCACAAAUUGCCUCCGAGGUUCAACAGCGACAUGCUCGGGGGCUGCAAGAACUUGAGCCCCUGGACCGACAUGUGAAAUUUUACCGCCCACUCCGGUCUUGGCCCUCCGAUGGUGGACAGGUCCGACCGUGUCUUUUCUGGUGCUGCUGGAUGACAUGCGACUAACCAGUUCGCGGCCGACGUCAUCUUCGAUGCCCGGAUGAAACAUGAAUGCCUGACUGACGACUCCUCUGUGGCGGCUGCCAUUUUCGUGCCGUUCUAUGCAGGGUUUGACGUCGCCAGGUACCUAUGGGGCAGCGACAAUGUGACAGUCCGCGAUGCCACUGCACUCGAUUUGGUGGAGUGGCUGGUGAAGAGGAAGGAGUGGGAAAUCAUGGGAGGGAAGGACCACUUCCUCGUCGCCGGACGAACCGCAUGGGAUUUCCGGUUCCUGACGGACAAGGACUCGGACUGGGGGAACAAGUUCCUGCUCCUGUCAGCCGUUAGGAACAUGUUGGCGCUUGUGGUUGAGUCAAGCCCGUGGGACUUGAACGACUUGGCGAUACCCUACCCAACCAACUCUUAACCCCAGAAAGACAACGACGUCCUUGCUUGGCGGGACACGAUGAGGAAGUCAGAGAGGAAGUGGCUCUUCUCGUUUGCAGGCGGGCCCCGUCCUGGGAGCCCAAGGUCCAUCCGGGCACGGAUCAUCGACCAGGGCAACGGCUCGCAGUAUUGCAGGCUCAUGCAAUGCAGCAUUGGGCUCAGCAAUCUCAUAUGCCAUUCACCGAGCAGUGUCAUGAGGGUCUUGCAGGGGUUGCGGCUCUGCCUGCACCCUCAGGGGGAUUCCUACACCCGAAGGUCAGCCUUCGACUCGAUCCUGGCAGGCUGUAUACCUGUCUUUUUCCAUCCCGGGUCUGCCCACACUCAAUACACAUGGCACCUGCCGAAAGAACAUGCCAAGUACUCGGUUUUCAUCCCCAAGGACAACAUAAGGAAGAAGAAUGCGAGCAUCGAGGACAGGCUCGGCCUGAUCCCACCCAAGAAAGUGGAACCAAUGAGGGAGGAAGUGAUUAGUCUUAUCCCGAGGAUAGUGUACGCGGAUCCGAGCAAGUUGGAGUCUGUAUAGGACGCAUUCGACGUGACCGUGGAGGCACUGAUUGAGAGAGUGACAAGGCUGAGAAGGAACAUGGUUGCUGGACUCGCUGAAUAAGAUCAUUUCAGGGAGGGGAAUAAGCAAUGGGAUGGCUUUUUUUCAGAGCCCAGGGAUUGA